AUGGACAUGAUUCAAGUUGAUACAAUUCGAGUCGAUGUACAAAUAAUCAAAAUGUUAUUUAACAAUUUAACAAAUACACAUUUCGUUGAAUUGCAUGUGGAGAAUGGCAAGUUAAAUUAUUUACCAAAAUCUGUGUUUAAUUAUCCAAAUUUGAAGAGACUUACAAUAAAAAGAUCUAAUAUUCAAUUAAUAAACAAAGAAAGUUUAAGCAACUUAGGAUCGUUGCUGUAUUUGGAUCUUAGUGGCAACGAAUUGCAAUCAUUACCAUCGAAAGUAUUUGAAAAUAACAAACUUAUAUGGUAUUUAAUAAUGAAGGGAAAUCAAAUCUCGGAAAUAUUAGAAGACACUUUUAUUGGAUUACAAAAUUUAGUUAAAUUAGAUUUAAGUUUUAAUCAAUUAACAAAUCUUUAUGACGAUAGUUUUACACAAUUAUUAAAAUUAAAAAAAUUGGAUUUAAGUUCAAAUCAAAUACAAAAUAUUGAAUCUGAAAUUAGUUUAGAAAAAGAUUAUUUUGAGCAUUUAAAACUUUUAAAAUAUUUAGAUGUAAGUUAUAAUAAUAUUACUUACUUAGAACCGGAUGUGUUUAAACAAAAUACGGAUUUGGAAGAAUUAAAUUUAAGUUUUAAUCAAAUAAACGAAUUACCAGAUGGUAUUUUAAAAUUUAAUUCUAAGCUAAAAUAUUUAGAUUUAUCGAAUAAUAAAAUUAAACAAUUUAAUUCACGAAUAUUUAGAAACUUAACAAAUUUAGAAUACUUAGAUUUAUCUUACAAUCAAUUAAAUGCAAUCCCAAUUGAUUUAUUUCGAUAUUUAAUUCAAUUAAAUGAAUUAAAUUUAUCAACCAAUCGUUUAAAACGUAUUGAAUCUGGAUUGGAUCCUAGAAUAUUCUAUAAACUUACUCAAUUAAAUGUUUUAAAUUUGUCUGAGAUGUCAUUUGGACCAUUUAGUUUUUUUCUUGAAAAUGAAACUCGAAUUAAAGAAUUGAACUUAAGUUCUAAUCAAUUGAAACAUUUAUCUUCAAAUCUAUCUGCUCCAUUAUCGAAUUUACGAAAGUUCGAUCUUAGUCAUAAUCAAAUCGUUACAAUCGAUAAAGAUUUUUUUAAACCAAUGGGAGAAACUUUAAAUAUUUUGAAUUUAAUUAAUAAUACAUUAAAUUUAACAUCUGGUGUAUUUGAUCCGUUAACAAAUGUUCUUGAAUUAAAUUUAACUUUGAAUAGAUUAACAAAUUUAGAUUCAAAAUUAUUUCAAAAAAUGGUCUCAUUAAAAUCGUUAGAUUUAUCUUAUAAUCGAAUCACAUUCAUUCCACCGAAUUUGCUUAAGUUAACACAAUUGUAUGAAGUUUUUCUAUGUUAUAAUAGAUUGACUCAUUUAUCAUCGAAUAUUUUCGGAGAUGAUGAAUAUAUUCGAAGGAGUGUUGUAGAAAGACUUAAUAUUCGUAUUAUCGCAAAAUCAUAUGGAGAUAUUAGCGAUCGCGGAAACGGCUCCGACGAUAUUCAUGAAAAUUCAAUUUUAGAAAAAGGUGUUUUAUCCACCUUUUCAGGAAAAAUUGAAACAAACUGA